CCGAGCGAGGCCGGGGAGUUCGGCUCUGGAGCAGGGAGCACUGCCGGCAGCCCGGCGGGCAGCGCGGAGGGACGGCAGAGUCCCGGCAACAGCCCCGUGUGCGCCGGCUGCCGGGCAGGGCAUCCCGAACGAGCCGUCGAACCAGCCGAAACAGAUACCGGGGGAUCCGGGGUUGGCACGCACCAAGUGUUUGGAGUUGGUAGCUCCGGGCGAGGGUGCCCUCGGAGCGACAUACCAGUCCUGAUACCAUUUUAUCAACCUUUUAGGACUGUUUAAUAUGCAACACACGUUAAAACAACACAUCACAACCCCCAACACAUCUACUUCUCAGGUGCCAGAGCGUGCCUAAAUGCUGACCAGGACUUCACUUCUAAUGAAAAGGCAGUCAUCCAAAAAUCGGCUUAAUGAAAGUGCUGUGUUGCACUGGAUUAUUCCUGCUGUACACUGCUGAGAAAUGAGAUACAUGGCAUUGGGAGCUUCUGAAACAAAGUACCCGCAGUGCUUAUACUGUUAUUUUGUCAUCAGACAGUCUGGAAUACCUGGAAACACAGAUUUGUUUGCAUCCUUAAAUGUUAAUGAUGUACCUCCAUCCAUUGUAAAUGAAGAAUUUCUUCAGGAUCUUAGAGCCACUAAAAUCUCAUAUUCCCAGGAUGCAGAAGAUAGGGUAUUCAGAGCUCAUGGUCACUGCCUACACGAGAUAUUUGUACUCAGGGAAGGAAUGUUUAAACGAAUUCCUGAUAUAGUUGUAUGGCCUGUUUGCCAUGAAGACGUAGUUAAAAUUGUGGAAUUAGCCUGCAAACACAAUCUCUGCAUAAUACCAUUUGGUGGAGGGACAAGUGUCUCUAGUGCCCUUGAAUGUCCUGAAGAAGAAAAAAGAAUGAUUAUCUCACUGGAUACAUCACAAAUGAAUCGGAUUCUCUGGAUAGAUGAAAAAAACUUAACAGCUUGUGUAGAAGCUGGCAUUGUUGGACAAGAUCUGGAGAAACAGCUUGCUGAAAGUGGCUUCUGUACAGGCCAUGAACCAGACUCCAUGGAAUUCAGUUCACUAGGAGGAUGGGUAGCAACACGAGCAUCAGGCAUGAAAAAAAACAUCUAUGGAAAUAUUGAAGAUCUGGUGAUUCAUAUAAAAAUGGUAACUCCUAGAGGAAUAGUAGAAAAAAACUGUCAAGUACCUCGCAUGUCAACAGGACCUGAUAUCCAUCACUUCAUUAUGGGAUCUGAAGGAACUCUUGGAGUGGUUACUGAAGUUACGAUAAAGAUUCGUCCAGUCCCUGAAUACCAGAAGUAUGGCUCUGUGGUCUUCCCCAACUUUGAGCGAGGGGUGGCCUGCUUGAGGGAAGUGGCAAAGCAGAGAUGUGCUCCUGCAUCAAUUCGCCUUGUUGACAAUGCACAGUUUCAGUUUGGUCAUGCUCUAAAACCACAAGUUGCUUCCAUUUUUACAUCGUUUUUGGAUGGACUGAAAAAGUUCUACAUCACAAAGUUUAAAGGAUUUGAUCCCAACAUACUGUGUGUAGCAACCUUGCUCUUCGAGGGUGACAGAGAGAAGGUUCUUCAACAUGAGAAGCAAGUCUAUGAUAUUGCCACCAAGUUUGGUGGCUUGGCAGCAGGAGAAGAUAAUGGACAGAGAGGAUACAUGCUGACAUUUGUCAUUGCUUAUCUUCGGGACUUAGGCCUGGAUUAUUACGUAAUAGGAGAAUCAUUUGAGACAUCUGUUCCUUGGGAUAGGGUUUUGGAUCUUUGUAGAAAUGUAAAGGAAAGGAUAGUACGAGAGUGCAAAGAAAAGGGUGUUCAGUUUGCUCCCCUUUCCACCUGUAGGGUGACACAGACUUACGAUGCAGGUGCUUGUGUCUACUUCUACUUUGCCUUUAACUACAGAGGAAUUAGUGAUCCUAUUCAUGUCUAUGAACAAAUUGAGAGGGCUGCUAGAGAAGAAAUACUUGCCAAUGGAGGAAGUCUUUCACAUCACCAUGGAGUAGGCAAAUUGCGGAAGCGAUGGAUGAAGGAGAGCAUCUCUGAUGUUGGCUUGGGAAUGCUGAGAUCUGUUAAAGAAUAUGUGGACCCAAAUAACAUCUUUGGAAACAAAAAUCUUUUAUAAAGCCCUGCACAAAUGAUGUACUAAAAAUUAAAAAUUAAUGUUGAAAUUCCUCCACUUUCAUUGUAUUGAUAUCCCAGUAAUCAAAUAUAACAUAGACUAAACUUUAAAAACUAGUAACUUACAUUGAUUUUUUUUUUUCUACUCCCUUCCCCCUUUUCCCCAAUAAAGUGUAAACAUCA